CUAACCACUACACCACCAUGUCGUCUUAUGUCUAUUUGAUGUUGUUUGUAAAAAUUACAGUCCUUUUAUUAAGCUUUUGACAAAAUAGUUCCUUUUGGCUUGCAGUUCCUAACAAGCAAGCAGUGGAUGAGGCAGUGGUCAAUAUGAUCAUCAAAGACUGUCAGCCACUCAGCUUUGUUGAAAAUGAGGGAUUCAGGGAGCUCCUGAAGCUUAUUGUACCCUCGUAUGCUCUACCAAGCAGGAAGACCAUCAAGGACUUGCUGAGCCAGAGAUAUGAGGAAAAGGAGAAAACCAAAAAGGACCUCCAGAGUGCCGUUGCUGUUACUUUAACAGCUGAUAUGUGGACGUCUAUGAAUAUGGAGGCAUAUCUAGCUGUUACUGGCCACUAUGUGGACAAAGAAAGCCAUGAACUCCAUUCAUCAGUCUUGGCAGUGCAGCAUUUUCCUCAGAAACACACUGCAGAAAACAUUGCCACGGUUAAAAGGAGCCUCAUGGAGGAGUGGGGCAUAGCAGGAAAGGUCAGGUGUCUUGUCACUGAUGCAGCAGCAAACAUGACUGCAUGUGCUCGAAUGCUGCAAAUACGGCAUACCAUUUGUAUAGCCCAUUCCCUGAAUUUAAUUGUGAGAAAAUCAUGUGAUCAAAUCCCAACAAUAACUGAAAUACGCAACAAAACACGACACAUUGUGACAUACUUUCGAUCGAGCGUGACUGCUAAAGAGAAGCUCACUCAAAUACAGCAACAGCUGGGAACACCGGGCCAUAAAUUAAUAAACGAGGUGCCAACACGAUGGAACAGUACCUACCAAAUGUUUGAAAGAAUGACUGAGCAGAAGGAGGCAGUCUGGGUGUCACUGGCCUCAUUAAAACCUGACAUCACUCCACUGACUCCAGAAGAAUGUCAGAUCAUUGAAGAGAUGCUCAGGGUUCUUGCUCCUUUUGACCAAGCUACAAGAGAACUGUCUGAGGAAAAAAGGGUCUCUGGGUCGAAGGUCAUUCCCAUGAUGAGAAUGCUCCACAUUGAGCUUCAACGUCAGGCCACAACAGUGACAAAAACAGCUGCUCAGCAACUGGCUGAAAACCUGAGGAAGCGGCUAACUGACGCCAUUUGCAGCAUGGAAUCUCUCAGUGGGAUGACUCUGGCAACUCUGUUAGAUCCCAGAUUUAAAAAGAAUGGAUUUGUUAGUCAGCAAAAGGCAAGUGAAGCGGUGAAGAGACUGCAGUCAGAAUGUGCAGAAGAAAUGAGGAGCCAAGAGCCUGACCCAAGAGAAGAAGAGCCUAGCUCUUCACAUGGGUCAGAACCCAGUUCAGGGCACAAUCUCUGGAAAACUUUAGAUAUGGAGGUUGCAGAGACCCAGAAGACGAGGAACGCAACAGCUGACUCCAUUAUUGAAGUCCAACGCUACCUGGCAGAAACAAACACACCCAGAAACCAAGAUCCUUUGCAAUAUUGGAAAUGGAACCAGAAAAUAUACCCACAUCUUCAUCAACUUGCACUUAAAACUCUCUGCUCACCAUCAUCGUCUGUACCAUGCGAAAGAGUAUUUUCCAAGGCUGGGGAGCUGGUGUGUAAGAGGAGAAAUCGCCUUGGAGCAAAGACACUCCAAAAACUUUUGUUUCUCAAUAAAAAUUCAUGAACUAAUCACUUUUUUGUCUUUUAUUUCAUAUGAUUUAACAGUUAAGUUGACAAAUGUGCACAUAAGUUAAAAAAUUGUAACUCUGAAUUUUUACUCUAAUUUGCUAUAUUUUACAUACCAACUCAGUUUUAGCAUUUACACGAACAAGGAAUUUCUUUACCUGCAAUGAUUUUAUAACUACUGCAGGAGUCACUAUUGGGUGACCAACACAGUAUCAAUACAGUGCCAACACAGUUUGUUUAGUGUGUCAAUACACUCCUUGAGGUAUCAUCGUCCCAUCACUAGACCUUGUACAUAAAACUUCCUGCACCAGAAAGAGUCUCACCAGUACUGCAUUUGGGUCCUGCCUGCUUCCUGCGAUGCCCACACGUGACAAGUUUGUAUACAAACAGCUACAAUUCUUACAUGUUUAAUCAUUUUUGUUCAACCCCUUGAAUUAAACCUUAAAGUCUGCACUUCGAUUCUGUUGUAGUUGUUUCAUUUCAAACCCAAUGUGGUGGCAUGCAGAGCCCAAAUCAUUAAGAUUGUGUCACUGUCCAAAUACUUUUGGGCCUAACUGUAGAUAGGGUGAAGAGUUCUGUCACCCGGGAGGAGCUCGAAGUAGAGCCGCUGCUCCUCCACAUCGAGAGGAGUCAGCUGAGGUGGCUUGGG